AUGCUCUUCAACUCGACAGUUUUACUCAAUUGGGAAACUGGGACCUAUCGGAGACAAAUCGCGUGUAGGUCACGGAGGCCAGGUGAAAGUCAGCUGAAGUCGUAGCGGUGUUUACCCUUAAACCGUUGAUUGCUAAAUUGCUCAUUUCAAGACCUGUAGAGGUAGUAAGAGAUGUCUACAUACACUCCUACAAGAGAAGAAAAGGAGCGAUUCAUGUCUCGGGCGAUCGAGCUCAGCGCGGAAGGAGCAUUCAAGGGACGUGGUGGUCCAUAUGGAGCCGUGGUUGUCAAAGAUGGCAAGAUUGUUGGUACGAUGGCUAUUUCUUCUUUCGCAACCCAGCUUCCUGUCUUCAUGCAUGCAGCAAAACUUUAAUGUGGUUCUAAACGCUGACUUUACCGCCAGUCUCAGACUUUCAAAGCGGUCUCUAUGGUAGGGAAAACUUCUCUUAAUUACACCAUUACGUAACCCGAUGAUCAGGCAACUUCAUGGGCACAAGCAGGAGGGGGGUACACGGUGCACAUGCGACUUAUUGAGAUUGUGAAGUAUGACAAACCAGAACCAAAUGGAAUCAACCCACCAACUCCCCAGCCCCCCUCCCCACCCAGUUUCUCUCUAUGUCAGUGAAAAAAAACCCUACCUCAGUAUGCAUAUUCUCCAUACUGUUCUGCAUACAUUUCCUUAAGUGUUGACAAGGAGAAUUUUUUGACAAACAAGAACUUCUUUAGUUGGUAAUCAUUUCUUAUUUUAUUCUUGCAACCUUAACAAGUGAGUUAGAGGUGUUACUAUCAGGGAAAAUUCAAGGCCAACCCUAACUCCUAGUAAGGGUCAAAAGGUAAACAGAGCAGCCUGCAUAGAGAGCCCAGAUAAUUGGGGUUGUAGUAUUCUUGAUUGUGGGAUUUUUUUUUUAACCUUGCUACAAACUUUCCUAUUUUUAUUUGCAUUGACCAGCCUGGCUUUUAUUAUAGCUUCAUCCAUUAGUCAGUUUUUUGGUAAACUUUAAACAAAUGCUCUUUUUCUUCCAGGUGAAGGCUACAACCGAGUCUUUGUUGAUUGUGAUCCAAGUGCACAUGGAGAAGUUGUGGCCAUACGAAAUGCAGGGAAAAACUUGGGAACAUUUGAACUGACAGGCUGUAGUUUGUACACAAACUUUGAACCAUGCCCAAUGUGUGCUGCUACAAUUUGGUGGAGCAAGUAAGCAAAUUUUGAACAGUUUUGAUUUUAAAGGUGCACUUGCUCUUGCUGACAUUGGGAUUUCAACAGUUCUGGGAAUGUGUAGUACUGUAUUACUAGGAUGACAAGCAAUUAUGUAGAAUGCAGUGGGGAGAGGAGAGGUUGGAUUAAGGGAGAAACUUGAUAGGGGUUUGUCUUUAUAGCCACAAGAUCUCAACCAUGCUUACAAAUAAAUGUGUAAACUCAGACUUAAACUCUGCUCAACAUUAUGAUCAUUUUGUGGACACCAUUAAAAAUCAAACCCCUUUUUAAUAAAUCCAAAAAUGAAAUGCUAACAUUGGGUUAAUUUCCCCUAAGUUUGUGCUAUUAGCCUUUCAGAAUCCCUUCCCCUGUUAUAGUCUAGGCUGUGUGUUGAGACCCAAUCUUAAUCACACUCUGUUUAUCCAUUUACUUCAUAAAGACUUUUAAAGCCUUCAUUUAAAAAUGCAAACCCACAAUAGUUACUCCAGUCCUGAAAAAUGCAACCCCAUUCAGCCGUACUCCCCAGAAAAUUAUCAAGAAGAACCCCCCCCCCCAGCUCAAACUUUGUUGUGGUUCUUUCCCUUUUUUUGUUCAUUUAUAGACCUAGUACUAACAAUGGUUAAUCUUUUUGUUUAUUGACUUCAGGCUUGAUAGAGUGUACUACGCACAACCUGUGAAAGGCAGCACAGUUCAUCAUGAAGAAAAUCAGGCUCAGGUUCUCAACUUUGUAGUAACACCAAUUGACAAGCGUCCUAUUCCAGGAGAACAGAUUGAGAGUAAAGCAAAGAAAGCAUUUGACAUCAUUGAAAAAUAUCUGACUGAUGACACAAAGAAAGUUUGAGAGAAUGUAAUGGAAAAGAAUUUACCACCUU